AUGCCUUCUACACCUAAAUCGACACUAGUCAAAACUCGCAUUCUGAUUAUAUCGGACACUCAUGGAUCUAAGCCAAAGCCCAAAAGCGAUAACAGUCCUAGUACUGAAGAUGAACUCAACCAGGAAGAUGUCACGAAGGUGAUUACGGGCUGGAGAGACCCUCUACCAGAAGCGGAUGUUGUCAUUCACUGCGGAGAUCUCACAAAACGCACGACUAUCCCCGAGUUCGAACAGACCUUUUCUGUUCUGCGAUCUAUCAAAGCACCACUGAAGCUGGCUAUUGCAGGUAACCACGAUACUGCGCUUGAUGAAGAACAUUGGGUCAACAAGUAUGGUGGAUCAAAGGAAACCAUUGAUAAGGUCAAGAAAAUCGUUCGAGAAGCUGAAACGGAUGGUGUUAAGUAUUUGCCAGAGGGUGUUCACGAGUUUACCUUGGCAAACGGCGCACUACUAAAGGUGUAUGCAAGUCCCUGGACUCCUGCAUACGGUGGCUGGGCUUUCCAGUAUAAGAACGGCCAUGACUUUAAUAUUCCCCCGGGGAUGGACGUGGCUGUAACUCAUGGCCCUCCUCGAGGUAUCCUCGACUUUGCCGGUAGGGCCGGUACCCACGCUGGAUGUCCGCAGCUCCUUGCAGCCGUCGCCCGUGCGAAACCCAAGAUUCAUUGCUUUGGUCAUAUCCACGAGGCAUGGGGAAUGCACCAUGUAACCUGGGAUGGAGAUGAAAUUGACCUAGCCCGGUCACAAUAUCGCGGGCUUAAAGGGCUACGACCAAACCGAGUAACACAGGGCAAAGAAACGGCCAGAAUGACGAGGGAGAAACUCAUUGAAAUGAGCAAGCAAAGAGCUGUCCGGCUGGACCUAACCCAGGGCAUCAAUCGGUCGAUUGCAGGCAAGCAGACGUUGUUUGUGAAUGCGGCCAUCAUGAGUAUCAGAUAUCGACCAGUGCAAUUGCCGUGGAUUAUCGACGUUGACUUGAAGGCCAGACACUGA